AUGUCGUUUUCUGGAAUGCAAUUCCCGUUUGGGGAGGUUGUUGGCGAGGAUCAGGCAUCAUCUGAAGAGUGGUUGAGACUUGGUGUGGAGGAGAAAAUAUAUGCAAGCAAAGCAAUGUCAAAUUUUCGAAAAAGUUUCGACUGUCUCGAGAGCUGUCAGCUAAAAGCAUGCUCCUUGUGUCUUUCGAUUUUCCCAGAGAACAGCAUCAUAAAGAAAAGACCCCUUAUUUACUGGUGGAUGGGAGAAGGCAUGGUCACUAAAACUAACAACAGGACAUCGGAGGAGGUUGGAGAAUCUGUAUUUAAAGAUUUGAUAAACGAAGGAUUCAUAAUUCCAAUUUGUGAGAACUCUUCUCCCAAUAUAAAUAGUUGUAUGGUGCAUCCUUGGGUCCGUAGAAUGUUGAUCGUGGUUGCAACAUGGAAGCCUAGCAUUGGCCAUCAUCAUGCACUUUUAUUGGCGGGAAGUAGUGAUUCGUAUAGUGCAAUGACUGAGGAUACUCUUACAGUUUUCAAUGUAACUGAGCAAUACCUUGGAUUUAAAUCUGACUGGCUCUCCAAAUUGAAGACUGUUGAGGUUCUUCAAUUAGGCCGCUGGCAAAGCUCUGUCAAACACCAUAUGGAAGUGGAAAAUGAAAAUUUGGUAGUCGACUUGAAGAAGAAAAAGAAAGUGGAAUAUGACGUAUCUUUGAAUGGUUUGGGAACUCAGACAUCCUUAAGAUAUCUAAGCCUCAGAGGUGUUUCCAGAUUGACUGCCCUACCUCGUUCGGUGCUUAACCUGAUAAGCCUUGAGAUUCUUGAUUUACGAGCAUGUCAUAGUCUGGAGAAACUGCCUUCCGAUGUAUCAGCACUUAGAAACCUUACUCACUUGGACGUAUCAGAGUGUUACCUGCUCGAAAGCAUGCCAAAGGGUAUUGAAGAGCUCUCUGCUCUCCAAUUGAGUACAGAAGCUGUUCUGAGGUCCUUCUCAGUCCCACCAAAUCUUAAGAAACUUGAUCUCAGGUGUCUACCCAUAACGACCAGGCCUAACUGGCUAGAGCCUGUUGGAUUGAUAUCUUUGGAAAAACUAUACAUUAGGGGAGGUGAACUCAGCAGCUUAGAGCUCCAAGAUGAACAAAAGUGGAAAGUUAAAAUUUUACUUUUGAAGUAUCUGAAGAACUUGAAAGUUGACAAGCCAAAAUUACACGAAAUGUUUCCUGAGCUGGAGUACUUGGAGUAA